AUGAGGCUCCGGUCGCUACUGUGGUGCCACUUUGUGUAUCUGGCGUUUGGCGACUUUACGGCGAAUGAGGCAGGCAAUACCACUACCGCAUUCGGGCAACAAAGGGCUUCAAAUUUCACCGACGACCCACCCGAGGGUUUCUCAACCGCGAUAGACUUCAAGCAGAGAGGCCAAAUUUUAGGGAGGUAUGACGCGUGGCUUGCAGUCGUCAAUUGCUUAGCUCAAGAAGCGGUCAAAGGAUGGAACGACCCCGAGAUCUUCGUGGACUGCCCAAGCAGGGUUGUCAGGAUCAAGGUCAUUCGGGAUCGCCAAGCAGUCGACCCCCCACUGCUGGUCCAACACGUGAUAUGGUCUCUUUUCAUCGUCGCAUCGAAGUUCUGGGAGGAACGAGAGCCACCACAUUAUGCCGAAACCAUCUUCCAGCCUCGAAUGAACGCUCAGACUCUCGGUGCUGGCCAAAACUUCCGACGCGCUGAACUCGUCCCACUUCGUACCGGAGAUCGAGGACUCGGGGGGCUUGAUCUGCAGAACUUGAAAACGAAUGCACCCCCUGGCGUCGACAAGGUCAAAAUCGAUUACGAUCCUGACCUCACCGCCCCUCCUCUCUGUACCCCGAUCGCUUUCUAUCUCCUCCUUAUGAAAGCAAUCACAAGGUUGGCGCCGAUGAACAAGGAGGAGUUGACCCCCGGAUUCAAGUUUUACGAUCGCAAAAAUGACAUGACCUUCAAUCUUGGCAGAAAGGAUGAAGCGGACGAUCUGAGGCAGUACCAGAUUGUUGCCAUACUGAAUUUGCUGGCAGAUCUCAUGUACAAUCAACCCGUGAACGACCGGUUUCGGCCGUUCUAUGGGAAAGUCCGGUGGAAUGGUGUUAUUGUGGCGUACCUAGGCUUCGACAAGGGUCAAGCGACAGCUUUGGCUGGUGCUGUUGACAGCGGCGAGGGAGCAAGUAAUAGUUCCGUCGUGCUUUCGCUACCGACUGUAACCUCAAAUCAAGGGGCGACCUCUUGA